AUGGGACUUUCAUUGACCGAAUCCAUCCUACAGUUUCUUAGCCAGAGGAGUCCCCACAACGCAGGUGAGUCCCCACAACACAGAGGAGUCCCCACAACGCAGCUGAGUCCCCACAACACAGAGGAGUCCCCACAACGCAGAGGAGUCCCCACAACGCAGGUGAGUCCCCACAACACAGAGGAGUCCCCACAACGCAGCACCUGUUUCCUGCCUCCAAUCGUGCAGCAGACAGGUGGAGCAAGAAGACAAGGUGUGGGUGAGGAAGUGAGACAGGAAGGGAGACAGGAAGUGAGACAGGAAGGGAGACAAGUAGGGAGACAGGAAGUGAGGCGUACGUCUUAUCCGCCGUCGCUGGCUCUGCAGAGGAAGCUGGAUGACAACAGGAGUCUGCUGGAGGAGUUGUGUCGUAUUGAGGCGGUGCUUCGGGAGUCCGUACGUCUGGACGUUGAGCAGCAGCAAGAAGCCGAAUUCCUCCGUCAACAGGAGAACAAACUGCUGAGAUCACACCUGUGUUACCUGAGCCUCAGCCAGCGUGUCACCAAACCCUGGGUCAGCAGCUACUUCAGGAAGUUCCCCAUGCAUAUCUACUGCCUUCCUGUCCAGGCUGCCAAUCACAGAGGCCGGAGGAAGAGGAGAUGAGGCCGC